CCUCGCUACUUCGCGGUUCGACUAUCGCGGAUUCACGACUUUGCGGAUUUCUUUACACUGCAAUUUUGCAUGCUGUUUUUUACAGCGUACAAACCCGCAUUGUAUUCUGCGUCCUGAUUGGCUAAGGUACUGUCGACCAAUUUGAAUCCAUCUCCUCCGUGCCAUAUCUCCUGUACAGCACAGAAUGCGUUCGGCUUGCUAAAUUAAAAUUAGUGUUCGAUUGCUAGCAGUGUGACUCUAAAGUCCCUCCUGUUUGCAAGUUUUCUCCCAGACAUAACCAACAAUGUCGACGAAACGUGCUGCACCGACAAGGGCACCUGCGGUCGCACCCAAAAGGCAAAGGAUGGCGCUAACGAUCGAAGGUGGCAUGUCUGUUUAUAAGAAUUUUCUCGCCCAGAAGAAAAAAGAGCGGCAACAACUACCUAUAACUAUGUUCUUCUCCCCAGAAAAGAUGGACGGUCAGAGGAAGCGUGAAAUGCGCGAAUACUACUACUAGUCCUACAAAUAGAGGAACCACAGAGGCGCCAGACUUUUCCCUCGCUUCAGAUGAGUCGACAGACAUAAGCCAUUUAUUGCGGUUCAGCGUGAUUGCAAGGUAUGCUGCCGGUGACACACUGCAUGAGGAAAGUCUUGCUGUUUUGCCAAUGAAAGGGUCAACAAGAGGGGAGGAUUUAUUCAAGUCUUUCCUUAAGUUCGCGCAAGAAAAAAAAUCUAUCGAUGCAUAAAUAUAUUUUGGUGGGUACUGAUGGUGCUCCAUGUAUGGAGACCAACCUACGAUCACAGUUUAAUGGAUAGAAGCCUCAAUGCCUGCAUGAAGCUUAACCUCACCACUUAUCAACCAGACUACAAAGCCAUAAGAGCACCAGAAGUCGCAUCAAUGGUAAGAAAUAUUUUACUUAUUAUUGGUUAGGUUCAGUAUCGGAAUGUAAUUAAAAAGAAUAAAUUCAGACUUUGUUACAGUAUAUUUGUAAAUUGUUACUUAAAAUUGUAUGCUUUUAGUUGUAUUCAGUGUUUAAAAAUAUUAUAUGGGUCUCAUGGAUUUUAAAAUAUGUGGCUUUCAUGGCCAAAAAGUUUCCCGACCCAUGACUGCUCUAAAUUCUCCUUGGGUAUCAAUGCGAGUGUAAAUGAGUUUUCCUAGGUGCUCUCCGAUUGUCUGGCGACCAGUCCAGUGUGUAUCUCCCACCCAAGCCAGGUGGGAUAAACUCAAGAUCACCCGAGACCCUAAUGAGGACAAGAAUAUAGAAAAUGGAUGGAGAAACAAGCUUGUGUCCACUGGAUGUCAUUUAAGCCAAACUUGAGGAGAACCCACUGACCGCACUCUCAUUCCUGAUGCUUUAUCUCUAUUGUCUGGCAUUGGCUGGCGACCACUCCAGGUUGCCUCCCUGCUUCCCUGCAAUUGGGUGCACCAUGUUCUUGCCUUGCGUUACUCUCCUUCGCCCUAACCACGUACGUGACAGAAUGAACCGACCAGAACAGGACCCAGCGGGAAGAACAUGGCGUCACCCUGGACACCACCAAACUGCCUCCCACCGUCCUCAGCCUGCCAUCCAUACCUACCCUCCUCCAGCUGAGGAAGCGACUGCAGGCCCCGUUCCUGCUCCUGGGCAGCUGCGGCAGGCUCCCGAUCCUGCUCCUCGGCAGCUGUGGCAGGCUCCCGUUCCUGCUCCUCGGCAACUGUGGCAGGCUCCCGUUCCUGCUCCUCGGCAGCUGCGGCAGGCUCCCGUUCCGGCUCCUCGGCAGCUGCGCCAGGCUCCCGCUCCGGCGGCGCUCGUCCAGCGGCCGCCACCCGUCCCCGCUCCGGCGGCGCUCGUCCAGCGGCCGCCACCCGUCCCCACUCCGGCGGCGCUCGUCCAGCGGCCGCCACCCGAUCCCGCUCCGGCGGCGCUCGUCCAGCGGCCGCCACCCGACCCCGCUUCGGCGCCGUUCGUCCAGCGGCCGCCACCCAACCCUAUUGCCUGGCCCCUGCAUUACCAUUGGGUUCGGCACCGUGGCCGUCUGCCUGAAUGGCCCUGUAAAGACCCUGGUGCUUGGCGUCCUGGACGACCUCCUGAACCGCUCAGCCAAGCACCUCACCUCGGGUGGCCUGGAUGGCCACCAGACUGACCUGAGGGGUAGACUCUGUGUGUGUGUGUGUGUGUGUGUGUGUGUGUGUGUGUGUGUGUGUGGUAAUGCAUUGUUUUGUUUGCUCAGUUCUUAUGCCAGGUACCUUUCUUGACACAGCCCCCGUAAUUUUUAAUGUGGAUGAAAUUCACAUUGUUUUACCAGACCUUCACCACAGCCACCUUCACUUGCUGCUUGUUUGUACCCCAUUUCAUUUUUGUCUUCAGUAAGUGAAAAGCAUUCUCCAUUUGUAAAACUUAAUUUGUGCACUUGUGUUUCUAUGGAUUUAUCUUAUAGCAGGUUCUGAGCAGCCAAGAAGCAGCACAGUCAUUAAUGUUAAGCAGAAUGUGUUGUGAGAUGAUGAUUUCAGCUCUGUUAAUACAAAACCAGCCAAAUUCCAAACUUCCAGUUAAAUUUUCUACUUAUGUAUACCUGGCAAGUAAAGACUAAAACUUGUACACAAAAGCUGCCAUGGCCAACAGCUUGGCAUACGUCUGUGGGUUUAAAGUGAGUAGUAAGGCAGUCAUUAAAAAUAUGUUCUGACAAGCAGUUUCUCACAGGUACUGAGCACUAAGCAAGCUCCUUAACUGUCUCCUUCCACAACUUUUACUGUCUGAACAGCAGUCCAAAAAUAAUUAACGCCCAUUCUGCAUUAAAAAAAAUAUUGGAGCAAGUGGAGUGAUUGGAAAGUGGAGGAAUGAGACAUCUACACAGGAAAUCUUGAGGCAACAUUCAAACACAAAACCUCAGAACUGUAAGUGCCAACCACUAGUCCACUUGCCCAUGUAUAGACUUUCCGACUAUUCACAGGAACAUUUAUAGUUGCCUACAAUUGACACGGGAUGGCAGAAAAGUACUACUUUUGUGUAAAUGUAUCUUCUCAACUCAUUUCAACAUAGUUCCUUUGCACCAAGAUGGAAGCAAUGGCCUGAGCACAAAAACACAGAUACUGUGGGUGAGUUCUUCACUGAAUAACAGAGGGUAACAUCCGCAUACAUAUGGGCAUUUAUUAAUGCCAAACUGCAAAUACUGUAUGUGGGGCCAGGGGGGUAUGCAGGAUAGGAUUUAGUUUGGUUGGUUUGCUUCACUGUGUUUUUUCCUGAUCUCGGCACUGAUAUUGUGUUAAGUUUUACUUAGUUUUCACGUUGUUCGUUGAAGGCAAAUGUUUUCUGAUGCUACCUAGCUGCAAAUAAACUGACGCAGCCAUCUAAAAUCGUCUCACCUGAUCAUUGAGCUGAGGGACAUCUGUCGCUCCCCAUUCUCCAUUAAAUGGUGAGUAGUUUUACUUGGUUUUAGUUGUAUUCAGUGGUUAAUGUGUUAUACUUCACUGCUUAAAACAUCAGAUGUAGCAUUAAUAAAGGUGACACGAGGGCGACAGUCUGAGCCUGAAAUGAAUUGAUUCACUUUCCUUGGAGAUUUUUUUUUGACUUGGAAGUCAACCAGCAUCAUGGAAGAGAUUUUGUUCAGCAGCAUAUCUGUAUAUUUGUUGAGCAUCAUCUCAGGGUGUAAUGCAAGCUUAAAAAUAAAGCUCCCUCUUUA